CUUCUAUCAUUUUCCCCAUUUAUGCAGUUAAGAAUUAGGCUUGACUCAGGAGGAUGAGAUUGAUUCUGAUGUGGAGGAUGAUGCCAUCUUUGAGGCAGUUGGGGUGUACAAGGGCCGGGUCCCGUGCAUGGGGGCUGAGGGGCAACGGAUCUUGUACGACCGCAGCGGUGCUUCAUCUUCCCGAUCAAGGCGCGGAGAGGAUCCGCGUAUCGCUCAAAUGCAGCGGGAGAUGGAGGAGCAGCAGCGGGCCUUGGCUGAGCAGCAGCGCGCCUUGGAGGAGCAACGCAAAAAAGAUGAAGAAACAAGGGCCCGGCUGGAAGAGAUGGAACGGAUCCUCAGCGCCGGAAUUCGGAAUCAGCCUCAGCCUCAGCCGUAUGUACUGCACCCCGAGCAGACACCUCAAGUUCCGCACAUGGGCGGUUAUUUCCGUACCAACUCUGCUACCGGGUUGCCUUCAUUUGGUUCUAUUCAGGAUAUCAAUUUUCACAACCUGUUUCAAACAUCUGGAGGCAGCCAAGCAGGUGGCAGUCGCGAAGGUGGCAGUCGCGGAGGAGGCAGUCGCGGUGGCAAUCGAGAAGGCCAAGCUGGAGACAACCGAG